GUUCACAGUCAUCUUCGUCCAGACGUACGGCUGCUAUACCUCCGACUUAUCCUUGCAAAGUUAAUGUAGUGCUUUCAUAAGCAUACCAAAAAACAGUAUGCCGUUCACGUCAUUGCCUAGUACCAUACCUCGCGCCCCGCUGGGCUUGGCUGCCGAACCAACCUCCCUCGUACCUUGCCACCGCGCCCGCGGUCGCAUUCCCUUUCCGGCAAGGAGGCGCGGCAUCCGCGCUGCAGCCUCCACAGUGGAAAGCCUGCCGGCCAAGACGGCGCCAGCACGCCCCCUCUAUCUUGGCCUGGAUUUUGGCACUUCGGGUGCUCGGGCGGCUGUCAUCGAUGAUGACGGCCGACUGGUUCAGGAUGUCAAGUGUGGCUACGGAGAAGGGGCAGAUGCGGACUGGCCGGCAGCCUGGAAAAGGGUGCUCUUCGAGUUAAUUGGCUCGCUGGACCCGGACAUUCGCUCCGAGGUGGUGUCACUGGCCUUUGACGGCACCUCCGGCACCGCGCUGCUUGUCGACCCACGGGACGGUGCCCCGCUGGCGCCGCCCAAGCUGUAUAACGAGGCGCAGGAGGGGCGGGCGGUGGAGGCGGCCAAGGCAAUUGCUCCCGCCGCCCACACCGCCACAGCACCCUCCUCCACCCUCUGCAAGCUGCUGUCCUGGUGGCUGGAGGAGGAAAGCAACGAGGACUGUGAAGAAGUUCAUAACUUAGCAGCAUUUAAAGGCGGAAGCGGCGGUGAAGGUGGCGGCGGAUGCAGGGGUGGAGGUAGUAGCGGUUGGCGCCGUACGGCUGCAUCCCGUGGCUUAACCACCCUGGGCCCAACUGUUAACGACAGUGAUAGAAGCAAUCGCAGCAGCAACCAGGGCGGUAGUGCGGCAGGCAGCGGUUGCAAGGGCGGCGAGGGUACCGACCCACGGGUCUUGGCGACGACAGGCCGCGGCCCUUAUCCGCUGCUGCUCCACCAGGCGGACUGGCUGGCAGGGCUGUUGUACGGCAUGUGUGAUCCGUACGGCAAUGCCGGCGUGUCAGACUGGAACAAUGCGCUGAAGCUGGGUUACGACCCGGCGUCUGAAUCCUAUCCUGGAUGGCUGGCGACUCAGCCCUUCUCCCCCCUGCUGCCGCCCCGGGUGGUGUCCCCCGGCGCCCCGGUGGCCCCGCUGGCCCCCUCCGCCGCCGCCCGCUGCGGCCUGCGCCCCGACUGCCUGGUGUGCGGGGGCACCACCGACAGCAUCGCGGCCUUCCUAGCAGCCGGGGUGACGCAGGCAGGUCAGGCGGUCACCAGCCUGGGGUCCACGCUGGCGGUCAAGCUGCUGAGUACGACACGGGUGGAUGACGCGGCGUACGGCGUGUACAGCCACCGCCUGGGCGAUGUGUGGUUGGUGGGCGGCGCCAGCAACUCCGGUGGCGCCGUGCUGCGUCGCUUCUUCACAGACCAGCAAUUGCGAGACCUAACGCCCGCGCUAAACCCCGACCGACCCACGGGUCUCGAUUACUACCCGCUGCCUGGCCCCGGCGAGCGCUUCCCCGUGGCUGAUACCGGGCUGCAGCCGCGCAUGAGCCCGCGACCCAAGGAUGAUGCGGUUUUCUUGCAGGGUUUGUUGGAGGGAAUCGCUCAGAUAGAGUCUGACGCCUACCACCGCCUCGCACAGCUAGGGGCUUCCCCACUCAAGGAGGUGCUGACGGCGGGUGGGGGCGCGGCGAAUCCCAAGUGGAGUCUCAUACGGCAGCGACUGCUGGGGGUGCCGCUGCGGGCAGCAGAGUACGGUGAGGCCUGCUAUGGCACGGCGCUGCUGGCACGGCAAGGCGCAAGGAAGGCGGCAAGUGAGUCGCUACCACGAGGGCAGUAGGAGACGGCAGUAGCAACAGGCAGCACCAUAAGGGGACAUGGAGAUAUAUGGGUAGAAUGAAGCACGCCGAGUGCUUCAUACAAGCUCAUACCAGGCGAGCUUGCAAGGCAGUAGCAACAGAGGAUAGAACUGAGACAUGGUCGGGCGAUGGGUGUACGAUGUCAUCUACAAUGCCUUGUAAGAUAUGCGGG